AUGAAGCUUCAACUUCUUUUUGUUCUCUUAUUGGUUGUGGUAAUUGAGGCAAAAAAGAAAGGAAAGAAAGUUGCAACAACAUUAUCUCCCGAUUCUGGAAAUGAUGAUGGACAAGAUACCGCAGCUGAUGGAGAUAGUGAUGGAGCUGUUAAUGCUGCUGUGAUGCCGAUGGUUAUGAUAAGACAUGGACCUCGAGGUGGUCAUCAAGGAGGACCGGCAGCCGGCGUCUCACAAAACGAUUUUCCUCAAAAUAUGGCUGUGAUGAACAAUCCAAAUAUGGCAUCAAAUGGUGGAGAUUCCCCAUUCCAUCAUUUCCCUCAACUUCCAUUCGCUCCCCCACAAUUCCUCCAAAGUCUCAACGCGAGUGAACUUAAAGAAUUUAGAGAUAUCUUCUUCAAUUGCAAUUUGACAAAGUCCCAAAAAUUGACCGAGAUGGAAACUUUGGCCGCUGAAAUUGGAACCGAUUUUAAGACUCAAUUCGACUCUUUUGUCACUCAAAUCGAGGGCAACUUUACCGCCAAACGAGCCAAUGUCACAAAGGCUUUGGCUGAGAUUCAAAUUGCUAUUCCUAAGAUUCUUGCCAUCCAAGCUGAUAAGAGUCUCAACUGCGAGGAUGAACAGUCACAAAUUCAGGAAGUUACCGGUUCUCUUGUUUAUGGUCAAUCAAAACUCGUGAUAAUGUUGAUGACGGGUGGAUCAAAAUGGGGAAUGCAACGAGGAUACAGCGGAGUGCAACCACCUCAAUGGCAAAAUGGCGGAGCUCCUCAACAACCAGGUGGUUUCCAAGGAAAUGCUGGAGCAUCAACUGGCCACAAUAACAUCGCCUUUCCACCAAUGUCCGGCGGUCAAAACAAACCUCAAAUCCUUCAACCAUCUCAA